AAAAAAAGAGAUUCCUCAGCUUUUCUUUUUUCGCUGUAGGUAAACCAGUGAUAAAAUUUUACCACAAAUCUAUUUUCAUGAAUUUCAGGAUGUCAAAAAAUUGGCCUAUUUGAGCGCAGUUCAAACACUUGCCGAUUUUGCACAGUUAGUGCCAUUUCUGAAAACCGAUGUCAAUGAACUUGGAUCGCUGAACUGCCCUAGUGAUACCAAAAUUCCGGUGAUUGCAUUCGGUGCCCCGAUGCUGCAGUUUCCAGGGACUGGUAUUCCGCCAUACAGCCUGGAUGCUAUAACGACACGAACGUUUGUGGAUAGUGGCUGCUCGCGAGAUGCAUUUUCUGAGGGAUUCGUUGCUAUCUACAAUAUGUCGCAGACAGGUUCCACUCUUUCGUUUGUGGGCUAG